AAAGAAAGAGUGGAAGAGAGAAAUCAACGCUUAAUAAACACUAUUUUUUGUUUUGUUUUGUUUUUCUCUCUUUGCCUUAGCUUGUUAAUAUCCAUCAUUAGCAACAAAGUUAACAACACAAUACAAUACAACUCUUCAAGUUUUGAUUUUUUCUUCAAAACUCAACUACCCAAGAAGCUACUACUACUAAUAGUAGUAACCAUAACCAAAGUUGCUUUGCUUCACUACUCAUUCAUUCUCUCUCUCUCUCUCUUGCCACUCUUUCUUUCUUUCUUUCUUUCUUUUUCUGCCUUAGAUCUUGCACUACCUUUGAAUUUUGUUCAAGUGAUGCAGUUUUUUAGCUCUAUUCAAUUCUGAUCUAACUUCUCACACUUUUCCUUCUUUUCCUUUUCCUUUUUGAUCUGUUUUCAAUGGAAGAAGAUCAAAUUCAAGAAUUCAAACAUGCUUGCAAAUUCUGUAGCAAAAGCUUUCCUUGUGGUAGAUCUUUAGGAGGUCACAUGAGGUCUCAUAUCAACAACUUAUCAGCUGAAAAAGCAGAACACAAAGAAAAGCAGCUUAUAUUUUCAACAAAAAAGAAUGAUAGCAUUGGUUCUGAAGCUGCAACUAAUGGUAGCUAUGGUUUAAGAGAGAAUCCAAAGAAGACGUGGAGAAAGAGAAUUGCAGAUUCAAGUGAAGAUAGUUAUGUGUAUGACAAAUUCUGCAAAGAGUGUGGAAAAUGUUUUCACUCUUGGCAAGCUUUGUUCGGUCACAUGAAGUGUCAUUCAGAGAAAGAAAGAGUUUCUAACAGCUUGGAAGAUCAAGAUUCAUGGACUAAUGAUGCUAAAGAUGUUCAAUCUGAUAAUGAAAUCACUGCUCCAAAUAGGAAGAAAAGAUCAAAGAGAACAAGAACAAGGUAUAACAUGGUAGCUACUGCAACAGCUUCUUCUUCUGUUUCUGAGGUUGAACAUGAGCAAGAAGAAGUUGCUAUGAGCUUGAUUAUGCUUAGUAGAGAUGUUAGUCCUUGGAGUGGUCUUCAUUAUCUUGCUGCUGAAUCCUCUGAUAAUAAUUCUGUUUACUUUGAAGCUCGAUCUUCCGUUCGAACUAAUCUUGUUACUAAAUUUGAUGCUAAUAUUGCAAAGUUGAUGAAGCAAAGUGAGAACAAGAAGUAUGAGUUAGGCAAUUCUGUUUCCAAGAAUUUCAAGUUCAAAGGGAAAAGUUUAGAGAUUUUGGAUACUGAAAAAGGAUUCAAGAUGAUCAAAACUGGAGUUUCCAUCAAAGGGUUUCUCAAAUCCACAAAAUCUGAGCUUGAUUAUCUGUCUACAUUGGAAGAUUCAGAAGUUGAAAAUGGGAAAAGCAGAGUCAAUGGAACAGAAUCAGUUCUAUCAAAGUCAGCUACUAUAAGGAGUUCUGUGAACAACCCUCAUCAUGAUCAUGAAGAUGAAUUUAUCAAGAAUUUUAAUAAGAGAGGAAAGUUUGAGUGUACUACUUGUAACAAAAUCUUUCAUUCUUAUCAAGCUCUUGGAGGUCAUAGAGCUAGUCAUAAAAAGAACAAAGGGUGUUUUGCUUCUAAGAUUGAGAGCAGUGAAAACAGCAUUGAAUUUGAAACUGAUCUCUCCCAUCAUGAACCAACAACUGAAAGCAAGCUCAUGAAGAUAAGUGAUAACAUUGAAUAUGUUCAAAAUAUGGGAGAAAGAGAAACAGUUCGAGAUUCCAAGAAGAAGAUUAAAGGGCAUCAUGAGUGUCCAAUUUGCUUUAAGGUUUUUCAAUCUGGUCAAGCCUUAGGUGGACAUAAAAGAUCUCAUAUUGUUGCUACUGGUUCUGAGAGUAGAGUUGUACUUGAGGAACAAGUUCCACAGAUUAGGGACUUUCUUGAUCUUAAUCUUCCUGCUGCUACUGAGGAAGAAAGUAACAGUCAUGCUGAUUCUAACAGACCUUGGUGGAUAGUUGAAGGCAACCAUAAUCAAGAGGCACUGGUAGGGUAGGGACUCAUAUCUAGCUAAACUUCAUAAGAGUGAAUUUUUUUGGUCUUAACCCUUCGAUGCUCCUCGAGGGAACGGGGCCCACAUAAUCUGACGUUCGACCGAGAAGUAAGUAAAAAAUUGUUCGAGCGAGUCAGGAUUCAAAGUGAAGAUUUAAAACUGUAUAGAAAUAGUUCUGCAUUUAUUUCAUUCAUUCUUUACAGGAUUCAUGUAUUCUUCUCCCAAGGUAUUUCUGUUUUUUUCAUUUUAGAUUUUUUUUUUCAAGUAGUAAGUGAGAUGAACUUUCCUCCUUUUCUUUUCCUUUUUGUUUUUGGGAUUCUGUAUGUUAUAUUGAUAUUGGUACUUAGUUCAUAAUUUGUGCAUGACUAUUAGUGGUAAUGUUAGUUGUCAGUGUUUGAACUGUGAAACUAACUGAGAUGUCUACUUGGAACUUCUCUUAGAUACUAAAGGAAUAAAUUCUAACAAAUUUUGUGUAGUGUA